GCUACCAACAUUAACGGUCUGUCAAAAACUUUCCAGGGUGACUCAUACCGGUGCCUCUAUCUUUCUUAUCUGCACAAAGUCACAUUAGUCGCGGGAUGUUGCGAAAUUGAUGUCGUAACAUUGGCACCCAGCUAUAUUCUAUAUUUCCGUCAGACCAGAGGAGGCACACGCGCGGUUUCUUCGCCAUGGGGAACACCUGCAGUAAUACUCUCGGGAUCCCUCCAGCAAAGGGCCCUAAUGCUGUGGGAUGCACUGACUUCAUGAUGGACCACACUACACAGGGCAGCUUCUUCCGGCUUUACUAUCCUUGUCAAGUGACGGAAACAGCAGAAAGACCCGACUGGGUACCGUGCAGGGAAUAUUUUAAUGGCCUGGCAGACUUCUUGAAAAUCAGCAGGACUCUCAGUGAAAGGAUUUUCAACUGCCUCUUUGGAUCCUUUAAGAUUCCAGCCUCCUUGGAUGCUCCCUUUAAAUCAAAUGAAAAAUGUCCUGUAGUCAUCUUCUCCCAUGGCCUUGGGGCUUUCAGGACUUUGUAUUCAGCUAUAUGUGCAGAGUUGGCCUCUCAGGGCUUCAUUGUGGCGUCCGUGGAACACAGAGACCAGUCAGCCUCGGCUACGUAUUAUUUUCGUGAGAAGACCGAGGAGGAGAAGGCGAACAAGAACGUGCCUAUAAACUCUGCCCAACCCAACUUGGUAGAAGAGUGGAUGUACUACAGAAAUCUGCAGCACAGAGAGAAUGAGUUCUCCCUCCGAAAUACACAGGUUAAGCAGAGAGCAGAUGAAUGCAUCCUGGCUCUGGAUAAACUCACUGAAAUCAACUCGGGGAUAUCGGUGCAAAAUGUUUUACAAACACAGUUUGACUGGACGACGUUGGAGAACUCCAUGGAUCUGUGUAGGAUCUCAGCGGUGGGACAUUCUUUUGGGGGCGCAACGGUGAUAGAAGCUCUGUGCAAAGAGGUCAAAUUCAAGUGUGCCAUAGCGCUGGACGCCUGGAUGUUCCCUUUAGAUGAGGAGAUCUUUCCCCGGGUGAAACAGCCCAUCUUCUUCAUCAACUCAGAGAAGUUUCAGUGGGCAGGAAACAUCAGCCGCAUGAAGAAGCUGGAGUCAGCCGUCAUACAGAGAAAAAUGGUCACUAUCAGAGGCGCAGUCCACCAGAGUUUCCCAGACUUCACCUUCCUGACGAGCAACUGGAUAGGCAAGCUGAUGAAGCUGAAGGGAGAUAUCAACCCAGAGAUCGCCAUGGACCUCUGCAACAAAGCAACACUAGCCUUUCUGCAACGCCACCUUGGUCUACAAAAGAACUUUAAUCAGUGGGACCCUCUGAUCGACGGGCGAGAUGAAAACCUCAUCCCAGGAACGAACAUUACCUUGCUUCAGUCUGCCAUCUGACCGCCACGUACUGCAGAAUGUACCUGGGACUGCCGGCCGCCAGCUCAAUGACUUCCGCGUGCGCGGGAGGAAGUGAACGGUCACAAAAAUGUCAAGCCAGACCUACUUGGCAUUUGAAACGGAUUGAGGAUUAACAUUUUGGAGUAGUAAUCAAUAGAAAAGAUCAUCUCUACCUCAUCAGCGGGAGUGAUUUGUUUUUCUUGACAGUUAAAUCACUCAGUGUACCAGCGUUCGUUUCAUGAGGCCUGAAUGUUGCUCAACACUUUCUUCUUCUCACCGUUGUGAAAUCUUCACUAUUGGCAACAAUUUCUUCCAGGAAUGCUUUGAAUCAUUUUCCUCUGAGUUUAUAUAAACUGAGAUUAUAAUGUCAUUUCACGACCUUCCAGCGGAGACGAGCUACACUAUGAUUGCAGUGUGAUUAUGGAAUAAGACUUAUCAACCAAUGGGCUGGGGAUGGUUAUUGUAUGAUUUUAGAUAAAUUAACCUAGCCAAGAUAAACAGUGUAUCUUUCCUGAUUCAACAGAUUGCAGGUUCAUAGUCAGUAAAUCGGUAUCAUUAAAGUUUAAAAACACUAAAAGGUUGCAAUAAGAAACCAUAUUACUAAACUCGCAGUACUGUUCCUCCUGGGUCAAUGGAUCAGCCUUCUACUUUUAUUGUCUGAAAUAUCUACCAUAACAGAAAUCCAAUAAAUUUGGUUUGUAUACAAAUA